CUGCUCAGCUGCUUCGUCCGCGCAUGCGCCAAACAUAUGUGGGGGAGAGAGAGCGGCGACUAAGUGAAACAUAUUUAAGUAUUUACAGUAGAAAGGAGUUUUACUUCUGAAGGAAUAUAAGACAACAAAACAGGUAGGAAAGUCUACGUUUUGACAUACUGACAGGUUAUUUCCCCCUUUAGCGCUGUAGACUGUGUAACAUUGAGAGAAGUAGUUAAGAAGUAGAAGCUGAUGUUUACACAGGAGUCAUAGUUUGGGCAGCCUGAUGCUCACUGUAUUAGCAUUAGCAUUAGCAUUAGCAAACGGUGUGUCUAGUUCGGCUCCGGUGAGCCGGUUCGACAUCACACAACAAGCAACUGUUGAACUUUUAAGCUCGACGAGACUAUUAACCUCCAUAACACUAACCUCAGUGUGACACAGAGCCUCAGUUAGAGGAGUUAAACUGUCAAACAGCUGUGAGAAAAAGCGAAAGUUCAGCUGUAACAUGAACAGAAGUGUCAGUUAAGUCCUGUUAUCUUACAGUGACUGUCUGAUAACUUUAACUUUAGUUCAGAGUUCAAGUAUUCAGCGGUUAAAUCUCACAUUAUAAUAACUUAUAACUGCGUCCGCGUGACUCUGAGCGUGUCCGUCUGUUUCGGGGGUGGGUGGGGCUGUGACGGGCAGGAUUUGACACGGAUUUAACACACACACACACACACACACACACACACACACACACACACACACACACACACACACACACACACAUAGUCUGUCUGUAGAUUACUGAAGCUUCCGGCAAAGUCACGGUUUAAAUCCACAAACAAACUUUGAUUCAGGGUUACAGAUUAAGGAAAGUUCAGAUCUACUGUUGUAAUUAUGAUGUUACACACAUCUGUCAGGAUUUAGACUGUGAAAAAACACACAGUGGUGUACUCAGACUUGAUAUUAUCACCUAAAUUAGUUCAACUUUACAUUUAAAUGUGUUUAAUCCUUAUUCUAUUUGUACCUUUGCUUCUCUACACUUCAGAUGAAAUAGACUGCUUUUCUGUUCUUGACAUCUUCCUUGGAUAUUCUCACUGUCCAUACAGUAGGGCUGAACGAUAAAACAAUAACGAUAUAUAGUGAAAAUUAAUUUCCCUUAAUCCAUUUAAACUGGGACAGCAUGUACACAUUUCAACCUUCCAAGCCGGCGGCGGAGAUACGUCAUUUUGUGACAUUCUGUAGUUUUUUAAUAAUUUCUGGAGUCGUGGCGAACCAAAUCGUUAUACCUGUCUGCCUCUGAUAGGCCUAUAAAGCUUGAUAAAGCGAUCGAAUUCAUGCUCAGAUCUUGCAAGAUCGGCCUAUUUUAAUUUAUGGGCUACUUUUAUUUAAGAUAUAUUUUUCUUAUGGAGCUCCAAUUAAAAAAAAGUACUCCUGUGGUUAUAUAGUAUUUAUGUUUGCAUUUUAUUGUUCUUUGCACAGCUGAGCAUAGUUUCAUCUGGCCAGUUUGAAUAGAAAUACUUGUGACGUGUCAUAUUUGGCUAUGACUGUGACAAAACAUUUGCUCUCAUUUCGCGAAAACAAUAUCAGGAUGUAUAUCGUAUAUCAAUAUUCAGCCUAAAUAUAUCCAGAUAUGACUUUUGGUCCAUAUUGCCCAGCCCUAAUAUAAAACAUGGUGUUCUGCCAUGUUUUGGUAGACUAUAGUAAUAGCCAAUGAAAAUGGGAGUUGCUUCGGGUCCGCUCCGCGCUGAACCAAUCAUGUGCUGAAUUAGAACCAAGUAGCAAACAAUUGCGUAGCAGCAGACAGCAGCUACACACAACCAUAGCACUUUAACAGGUGAAGCCAACAGCAAAAAAAAGAGUGCUACCCCUGACAGAAAUGACGAUGAAGGCUCAAUAGAUGACGAUGAAGGCUCAACAGAUGACGACAUCGUCGACAACACUGGCACGAAAACGUCGGCGGAGGUAUUUUGUUUUUUUUGAGGUCGGACAUGAAGCAGAGUAAUGUGAGAUGCAAAUUAUGUUGAGUACAUGUUCUCGCAAAGUAGGGGAAUACCUCAAAUCUUUUUCAUCACCUGAAGCAGAGUACGCACAACGCAAAAGGUUACAAACCCUGAGAGGAGCAAGAAGCCCAUGGCGCCUGUGCAGCCGAAACAGAUGAUUCAGCCUGCUUUUUUUAGCGCAACACCUCACGACAAAACGUUGAAGAGACACAAAGACCUCACAGAUGCAGCAGCUAAUUGUACUGCAAAAGACAUGCUACCAAUAAGCACUGUUAAAUUUCAUUUUUUAUAUCAUGAUAUAUAUCGAUAUCAACUGAUACGAAAAAAAAUAUAUCGUUAUAAACCUUUUCCCAUAUUGCCCAGUCUUAUUAUACAGGCUUGCAAAAUACAAUGCAUUGUUACAGGAUAAAUCACCCAAAAAUGUAUAAAGUAAUCAAUACUGAUUCAGAUCUGCCUGCAACAAAAAGCUGCUUACACAGCAAAAGUAAUCCAAGGAUAUUUUGAAGAAUAAAUAACUCCAGAAAGGAGGAGUUUUGCUGCGUAAUGAGAAAUACUGUUUUUUAGAUUUAGGAUAUGGGUUUCCUUCCACAUUUGGUGGUUUUUGAAAGGCCUCUAAAAGGAGAUAUGAAACUCCAUCAAAACCGGAAGUGAGCACAUAGUGAUUCUCUGAGGUGCAACACCAAGGACUUUGUACAGUUCCUUCUAGCGGGGUAUGAACCGGUUUCAGUUCUGAUUUUAUCAUUAUUCAGACAAUGAUAAGUGGUUUUAAAGCUGUCCGGUGUUUCGGGAAAAAAGCUGCAGCCUUCCUUGAAAGGUUAAAGAGUUUGUCAAGUAGUGCAGAUGUGAGACUGUUGAAUCGGGGCUGAUCCGGGUGUUCUCUAUCUCACCUGGACUUCUGUAUUUGAGAAAUAUCUUAAAUUAGAAAGAACAAACAGAACUUGACACAGCACCUAAAAACUAAAUAUGUUAGGGAAGAUGGUAAUAGGUAAAAAAAAAGGCUGCUGUGCUAAAGCAACAAACUCUGGACUUUAUAAGGAAAGGUAAAUAUCUGCAAGAGACAAAAGAUGCUGAGAAGAUACAAGAGAAGGUGGUUGAAUUCCUGCACAUGCUCUACCUCUCCACGGUAGAGCAUGAGAGCCAAUCAUCUUCAUGCAAACAUACAGUCAAUCAUAGAGACUAAUGUCACUACCUGGACCUGGACCCUGUGCUGACACUGCCGCACCAGAGCUGUAUAACAAAGUUGACAAUAAUCUAUGAGGCAACUUCUUAUACUUUUAAAACACACAGUUGAAGCUCUCAUGGUUGACCUACUGUGUGUUAUUGCUAAGCUGUACUGCAUACAUCUUUAAGUACAUUUGUUUUCUUUAGUCAUGUUUGUAACAGCGCUUUUACCUAUGCAAAUACAAGCUUCAGAUCAGGACUCGGGAUCAGGAGAUACUCAAAAUAAAGGAUCUGAAUCAGGGGGCGAUAAAGCCAAUCAGAGUAUGGAGCUUGUAAAAUGCCAAAAGUCGUCCUUCAUGGUUUCCAGAGCCCAGGUUGAUGUCUCCUGUUAUUAAAGAGAUCGAUAAACUGAUCUGAUGUAGAGGAAGCUGGUGCAGUCUAACUGGGAAUGAACUCUUUUAUAUCGGAAAGUCAAUUUGGAUCAGAGAUGGUUUGAACAAAUACUUCAUUAUCUGCUAACAGUUGUGUAACGGGGCGUGAUUAUCUAUUGUGAUAUCUAUUUGCAAACUAAAACGCCUCUCAGGGUCGAAACAGGAUUUUUUGGAUAUUAUGGUUAAAUACCAGCAAGAUAAACACAAUGAUUUAGGACAUGAUAAGCAGAGAAUGACUUCCCAUCUCAUGUGUGUUGUCCCGUUUAUCUAAUCUACAAACUUGGGUGACGGUGUGCGGUAUUAUUGCACGUCUGUUUAUCUAUUAAAAGUUAAUUACUGGUGUUGCUCUUUUAUUAACUGCUUCACCGACUCCAUGAGCUGAAGGAGGCAGCGGUCUCAUACUUAAGUCUUCUUAAAUCUGCAGUUUCCUCAUUUCACAUCGAUCUUUUCGGUGCAGAAUUUACAUAUUGCUUCAUCUAAAUUAGCAGGUUCUCCUUUUCUUAAACUGAAGACUAAAAUGCCCUCAAAGCUGAGAUAACAUCACUCAUGGUAGGAACUCUUACUCAACACUGUGGGGGUUUUUAUCGAGAAUUUGAUCGCGACAACAUGGAGCACAUCUUCAAUACAUUUAUUUUCAGUUACUAUCGAUCAGACACAGUUUUAUUGGUUUAAAGUAGUUGAAAAUAGCCUGUUACACUCACAGUUAUAUGCAUCUGUAAUAAGAGUUAACUCUGCAGCUUCCUGCUAACUCAGCUGCUCAGCUGUUUCUCACACCGAAAUAAAACAAGGGGAACAGGUCUGCAUGAAUACCAGCCACACCUGACUGAGUUUCUUCCUUGUCCUUGUCAGACUCUGUGACUCUUUCUAUUCUAUUUAUACUCUUUAAAAACGUCAGUGUACUCCAAACUAGCAAGAGUGGAUUUAUCCUUGGCUCUUUAAAAUCAUCAUUGUGAAUUAUUAAGAUAUUGAUCAGUGAUAUGAUUAUGAUAGUUAUAUGAUAGUUAUAUUAAGGUUGAAAUACUCGGUAGAUACAGCCCUGGUUCAAAGUCUGUAUUGUUGUUGGUUAUUAUUCCUACAAAGAUUACACACCCUAUGUUUAAAGACGGGUUAACCGGUGUUAUUACAGAUAAUCUGCUCAAGAGGGUUGAGACGCAUGAGAAGGGCGUGUCCUAGUUUUGUCUACUGACUUUAACCUCAACAGGAAAUUUUCUUAAUGUUUGUUUCUGUCUUAGUAAAGUUUCUAUAGAUGUAAAAAUGUCAAACACUGUCAGGUUUGUAGGGAUUUGCCCGGUUCCGAAAUUAUAAAUCAUUGUAAACAGCAUUUUAAAGCUCCUGUGGGGAGUUUUUACUGGUUUUUCCCCUCUUUCUGUUUUUCGGACAAAUUUUUAUUCUGUUUUCAUACAGUUUUUUUCGUCUGUUUUUCUGACUAUUUUUUUUCCUGACUAAGCGAGAUACUUACUCUGAAAAACAGAAAAGAAAUUAGUCUGAAAACAGAAGAAAAAAAUGUCUGAAAAACAGAAGAGAAAAAAAAAAUACUCUGAAAAACAGAAAAGAAAUUAGUCUGAAACACAGAGAAGAAAAAAAAUUGUCCGAAAAACAGAAAAUAAAAAUAGUCUGAUAAACAGAAAAAAAGUAUGAAAAACAGAAAAGAAAAAAAAAAUAGUCUGAAAAACAAAAUAAAAUAAAAAUUGUCUGAAAAACAAAAAAGAACAAAAAAUUCCAAAAAACAGAAAAGAAAAAAAACGACAAAAACAGAAACUUCCUCACAGGAGCUUUAAGUCAUUAUUUUUAUAUUGAUUGAGGAAUAUCGCAAUUAUCUUAAUUUACUUGUAUUUUUUAAUCUUAUAUUGUAUGGAAGUGUCUUUUAUCGCUAAAAUGCUACAUCGUCUCUCUACAGGCCACUCUUGUGGUUCCUCCACAGUGAUGUCUUCCCCGUGGUGGGAGCAGUGGCCCCUGCUGGCCAACAAUGAGUCCACUCCCUCUCGUUUCCUGGACAACACCACCUGCUUCGGCCCCACUCAGAGCACUACGGUCAACACUCUCAACUUUGGGGGCGUGCCUGUUGUAUUGUUGAUCAACUUCUCGGUGUUCCUGGUGCGCGUCUAUCCUCUCCCUGUCCUUUUGGUUGUAAUGUGAUGUUAGACUAUCUUUAAAAAUGCGUUAUUUACUCACUCCACAGUUAAGUGCAUUCUGGUUUGAUUUCUGCAGGUGCUGCUGAUCCUCUUCGCCAUCAUCAGGAGGAAGUUCUGGGAUUAUGGGCGCCUGGCGUUAGUCGCAGACCAAGAGGGGUCAGUUCACGAUCUCAUCAUAAUUUUAAUUUUCUCUCUUUCUGGUCCGUUUGAUUUCAUCCUCAACACUGUGAUUUGUAAACCAGGUUCACUGAGUCCACACACCGCCGAUAUGGACGCAUGUCUUCUGUUUUGUCCAGCGUUGAAGACCCUGAGUAUGAAUCGGUAUGUUUGUCAAUGGUUUCAGACAUCAUGACGUCAACCCUAUAUAUAAACUAAUCAUACCUUUACAUUACAGACUCAUUCAGUGUAAUAAAUGCCUCUCUCUCUCUCUGUGCAGGGAUUCUGCUCCUGGUUACCGUACAUCCUCAGGAUGGAGUGAGUGACUCUGUUGUCGAUAUUUCUUGCUGUUUUACGUAGACUGACAUAAGUUCACGCCUCUUAUCAUCUGUUUGUGUGUUUCAGCGAGGAAAGAAUUAAAGCCAGAUGUGGCAUGGACGCCGUUCACUACCUGUCCUUCCAGCGUCACCUGAUCGGUCUGCUGAUUAUCAUAACUGUCUCCUCACUCGGGAUCAUACUUCCAGUGAACCUGAGUGGGGACCUGCUGGGUGGGUUUUUACGGCUUUAUUGUGAUUUUUACAUAUUAGCGCUCAAAAAUCAAUCUAAGAGUGUGUGGAUUCAUGUGACCCAGGUUUGAAGGAGGACUGUUGUUAAUGACAAAGUCCUCCACGCCAUCAGGACCUUUUACAACCUCUCGUAACAGAAACAGGAGCGGUCUUUUUACACUCUUUUUAGGUCAUCCAGCCCAUUUAGAGUUUUUAUGUACCUGAGCACAAACUGUCUGUGCUGCAGUUAUGGGGGGAAAUCAGGGCAGAUCAUUUACUUAUAAAGCCAAAGUGAGCCGUCUAUAGUCCUCUCAGAUUGGUUAAAGAUUAUCUAGAUUAUCUUUUCUAAAUUUAAUCAUCAAACAAACAAAUUUUAAAGCCUCACUUGUAUAAAAAAUAACUAAAGGUUGGUUGUGAAUGAGGUGUAUCAUUUCAAGUAACUUGUGCACAAAGUUUGCGAUUUAAAAAAAACUUUUUCGAGGUUGUUCUGAUAUUCUGUCUUCUUCUUCCUGCUGUGUGUUUUCCUUUUAAUGAAAUGACCUCUGAUUACUGCCAGGCAAUGAUCCGAGGAGUUUUGGAAGGACAACUAUUGGGAAUCUUCAGGCAGGGUAACGAACGACAGCCACAGCGUGUCAAAAUCUAUUUGGAAAUUUUGUAUCCUGGUAAAAAAUUUUGUACUUUCUUGAUCUCUUGAUUCUAGAAAUGACUUGUUGUGGCUGCACACAGUGUUUGCAGUCCUGUACCUGGUCCUGACGGUUCUCCUGCUGCGGCAUCACACGUCACAAAUCAAAGGCAUGCGCAGAGAGACAGUGAGUCUCUGAACGCUUCGAGAUGAGAUGUGUUGUCAUUAAGUUUUUUGGCGUGCACAUAAAUAUUUAGUAUAAAUAAAUAUAUGGAAAUAAAAAUAACUUUACAAAUUUUACAUCAAAUUGCUACAAAAGAGGAUUAGGGCCACAUGAAGAGAAAAAAAAUAAUUACAGGAGGGAGAAUUUUUGAAUUUCCAUUUCAAGAUAAAAGUUGAAAUUUUAAAAAGUCGAGAUGAAAAAACUCCCAUUUUGCACGAAGGCGGCAACCUCCUCCAAGUUUCUCUGUUUUUUUUCUUCUGUAGAGUUGUGAUCUUCGGCACAGCCUUUUCAAAGUCCGAAUACUUAUGACCACACUGUGUUUGUGUUCUAAAAGGGCGAGGAUUUCCAAUUCUAGAGGAUGGCUUUAUAAACUCUUCUACAGAGGACAUGUUGUCGAGCGACAGUGCUGUUGAUUCAUUAUCAUUAAUCUCAACAUUAUGACUUUAUUCAUGAAAUUUUGUCUUUAUUUGCAUCGACUUAAAUCUAGUACUUUUGAUUUAAAUCUCGAGAUUCCAACUUUAAUCUCAAAAUUGUAAUUUUUUUCAUCUCAAAAUUUUGACAUUUUUCUCAACAUUAUCUCGAAAUUUCAAGAUCAUCUCGAAAUUCCAACUUGAAUCUCGAAAUUCGAUUUUAAUACAUGAAAUUUCGUCCUUAUUUGCAUCAACCUUAAUCUUGACAUUCCAACAUAAAUCUCAAAAUUUUUAUAUUUUUUAAAGUCAGAAUUGUCACAAUAUUCUAGAAAAUAUCUCGAAAUUUUGAGCUUAAUCUUAAAAUUUCAACUUAAAUCUUGAAUUUCCGUUGUAAUUCAUGAAAUUUCAUCUUCAUUUGCAUCAACUUUAAUUUUAAAAUUCAAAUUUUUUAAAUCUUAAACUGCUGACAUUUUUCUCAACAUUUUGUAAUCUCGUAAUUUCGAUUGAAGUCUCCCUCCUGUAAUCAUUUUUUUUUUCUCUUAAUGUGACCCUAAUCCUCUUUCGUAGAUUGCACUGCUUUUUGAAUAACUCUGCACACACUGAAAUCCUGGAGAGAUGUUAAACUUUCCAGACUAACAUGUCACUGUUUGUGUUUUUUCUUGUUUGUUUGCAGGCCAGAAACACUUUGUUUUUGUGUUCAGUCCCUAAAACGGCAACAGAGGACGCUCUUAAAAACCACUUUGCGUGAGUCGAUUAUCCUCUUAUUAUCACUAUUAUAAAGUGUAAUUUUUAGAUUUAAAUUUAGGGUUUUAUGUUCUUAUUUCGACCUGCCUGUUUUUGUCGUGGAGCACUCUGGACUGCACACACGUUUAAAAGUUGAUGUAUUAAUAACAGUAAAGUAAAAGUUGCUCCUGUCUUUUCGUAGAGAGGCGUAUCCUUCCUGUCGAGUGUGUGCUGUGACUCUGGGCUACGAUGUGGCCAAGCUCAUGUACCUCGAUAAAGAGAGGUAGGAAAUCUAAUACAGCUAUGACUGCAGUUUGAUGAUGCUUCUGUAGCGUUGAGUAUUAGUCGGGAUGAAUAAAAGGAUAAUCCGUUUUAAAAGAACUUGUAUUCAUUUUCUUUUUUUUUUUUAACUCGAGGAUACGAGCCGGAAAAAACCUGCGCUUCUACGAGCGAGUCUUAGAGAGUACAGGAAAACGUGAGCUGAUUAACCCUCGCCUGUGUGGACACCUCUGCUGCUGCGCCGCGUCUCAGAAGGUGAGACAAACCACGUGAUAAAAAGACGGUUAAGUCGUUAUUGUUGGACGUCUUAUCUAUGAGCUGCAGUCUCAGAAAUGGUUUGUUAUGACUGCAGAGCUCUGUGUAAUAAAGGGAAGUAAAGACGCAUUAGACCCUGUCUCUGUGUGUGAUUCUGCAGGUGGAUGCCAUCGAGUUUUACAGAACCAAAGAAAAAGACCUGCUGGAGGAAGUGAGACAGCAGGUAGAAGUGGUGCCAGAGCGCCCCCUGGGGAUGGCCUUUGUCACCCUGCAGACAGAGGCUAUGGCCAAGUUGUAAGUCUCUGUUAAAGGGUGUUUUUCUGUCUCAAUGCGGCAGUGUCUCCAUGAUUAGUCGACCUGCCUUCUGCAGCAGAGUAUCCUCACAUAACAACCCUUAUGUCAGCUGACUGCGCUUGUUCCUCUGAUCAGGACAGUGAUCUCAGUUUUAUUGUCACCAUAUGACUCUUUACGGGAAGCAGGCCUGCGGGCAGCCGUUGUAGCAGAGUGUUGGUUAAUGUGUAUCACUAACAGCUGCCUUUUACCCACCUCAGCAUUCUCAAAGACUUCAACGCGCUCGAGUGUGGCGGCACAAGCUGCUGCGGGAGGGCCCGCCAACCGUCGUCCAAUCACGAAACCCUGAAAGUGAACAAGUGGUGGGUCAACUUUGCUCCACAUCCCAAAAACGUCUUCUGGUAAGACCUGAAAACACCGUCACUUCACACUGUGUGAGCUCCAUGCAGAUCACAAGACUGAGGUUUGAUUCAUCUGGUGCCAUCUGGACUGGGAUGUAAUUUAACUAGAUCAUGAGUCAUGUGUCUGUACUGUUUUACAAUAUUCAGAGGCACAAAUGAAUGAUUCAAAUUAAGCUUUUAAGACAGUAAUUGGUAUUUCCUUUACAUGUGAUCUGACAGGAGUUCUUAGUUGUACUUUGAAUCCCAUUAAAACUGAAUCCUGUGUUUGAUAAAGGGGUGUGUCCAGACUGAGACUUAUGCAAAGGUUGGAUGAAGUAAAUGUGCACACACAUGCACAAAACUACCCUCUACUAAUCACAUAACACACUUCUUUUAAUUUAGGCAGCUCUUAUCGACUUCCCUGCAACAGGAUGACUGCAGGUGUCCAACAAACGUAGAGAUAUUUUAGAGUUCAUUUUAAGAUUCUUUUAUUUGUUUUUAAAUCUUUAAAUGGUCUGGCUCCAUCAUACCUCUCUGAGCUUCUCCACCCCUACACCCCAGCUCGGUGCCUCAGGUCAGCUGAUCAGCUGCUCCUGGAGGUACCGAGGUCCAAACGGAAGCUCAGAGGGGAUAGAUCUUUUUCUGUUGCUGCCCCAAUUUUAUGGAACGAGCUACCCCUCCAAAUUAGACAAGCCCCCACACUGUCCAUUUUUAAAACUCGUCUUAAAACCCAUUUUUAUUCAUUGGCUUUUAACCCUGCAUGAGACUCGGCUCCUGUUUUAGUGUUCUAUGGUUUGUUUUUAGUUAUUUGUUUCUAUGUUUUUAAAUUAGUUUUUAAAAACAUUGAAGCUAUAUUUUAUUAUUAAUUCUGCUUUUAUUUUAUCCAUUGUUUUAAUUGUUUCUUGAUUGUUUUUUAUCUUGUUGUUUUUGUCCUGUUAUGUACAGCACUUUGUACAGCUGUGGUUGUUUUAAAGUGCUCUACAAAUAAAGUUGAGUUGAGUUGAGUUGAGAUAUCUGAGGUUGUUAUGGAUUAGUGUUGGGCGGUAUGAACAAAAUCUUCUAUCACGGUAUGAGGAGUUUCAUAUCAUGGUAACAGUAUAUAUCACGGUAUGUUUUUUCCCCUGUAAAUUCAAAUAAUGGCCUAAAAAUAACCAUACUGUCACAUUUCUUCAUUUUCCUUUUAUUUUUAAACUCAGAUUUGUAAACGGAUGCGAACAAAAUAUCAGACCAGUCUGGAGAUUUUUUAUCAUAUGUCGUACCUUUAGAGAAAGAGUCUGCCAAGCUCUUUUGUAUGAGAGGAGCUUCUGCAGUUUUAGUUUUUGGUGAUAGAGUUUGAUUGAGUUUGGCGUGUUUCAUCUUUUAAUGGUGGAAGAGGUUUCUGGUGUUUCCAUCUCCAGCAACGACAGCUUUUAUACCGUCACAUGUAUCGUCAUACCGCCCGACACUAUUGUGGAUAUUUAUAUCUUUUUCUUCCUGUUGCACUGCUGUGGGCUGGAAGAACAGCAUCUUGUCUUUCUUUACAUCUGUCAACACAUUAAAACUCACUAAAGUUGGAUUCAAGUCUGAGUCCUGGACUCAAGUACUACAAAAACUGUCUCCAGUAUUAAACUUUCUGGGCAGGAGUCUCCCUGCAGUUUCUUUUUACAGCCUGAUUCUUCUCCUGUGAAACAGAUGUGUAAAGGUUUUUCUGUGAUUUAUAAAACCGCAGACAGCUUCUUCUGCACAGCCUGUUGCAACACAGUUUAAAUAUUUAUUGCUGAUUAAGAGUCGACUCCCCUCUCUGACAAGGAAACUAAUCACAGUUUAGGGUUUGGGAGGGCCGAUCUGAUUUUAAGGGGAGCUCGUAUCACCCCCACCCCUCCUCUCCUGCUGCACCCCGGUCAUCUCCUCAUCAAACACUCUGAACAUCUUCUCCCUCCUGCAGGGACAAUCUCUCAGUGCGAGGUUUCCACUGGUACCUUCGCUAUGUGAUGCUCAACUUCUUCCUCUUCUUCCUGCUCACCUUCCUCACCACUCCCUCCAUCAUCAUCAGCACGAUGGACAAGUUCAACGUGACGCGACCCAUCUACUAUCUCAAUGUAAGUCUCCCACAUGCACACGCAGCGUGAUGAUUCUGUCGGAGCUGAAUUUUUGUUUUUGUUUUCCUCCAGAGCCCGAUCGUCACUCAGUUCUUCCCCACUCUCCUGCUGUGGUCUUUCUCUGCGCUGCUGCCCACUAUUGUCUACUACUCCACGCUGGGAGAGGCACACUGGAGCAGGUAAACCCACUCUCAGUGGAGUUCAGUGAUUGGGCUCCGUUUGCACAGAAAAAUGUUUUGAUUUAGUGUCAUCUGUGUCUCAGGUCGAGUGAGCAGCUAAGCAUGAUGCGUAAGCUGUACUUCUUCCUGCUCUUCAUGGUUCUGAUCCUGCCCUCAUUAGGACUCACGAGGUAAACAAGAGUCUGUCUGAUGUGGAGAAAUAAGAGGAAGAGUUUGAACGCCGAGUUCAGAGGGAUAACACGUGUUUCUGUGUCUCUCUCUCAGUCUUGCAGUGUUUUUCCGCUGGCUGUUUGAUAAAGAGUUUCUCUCAGGUGGGAAACUCCGGUUCGAGUAAGUGAUCCAGUUUCUACUUUUAUUACUUUUACUCUGAGCUGUUUUUCAGUUUUACUCCCUUUAAAUCUGUGUCUUUAUACCUCUGCUGCUUUUACACAUUCAUCCUCUAACCUUUCACUCCCCUCUCCAAGGUGUGUUUUCUUACCUGACCAAGGAGCGUUUUUCGUCAACUACGUGAUCGCGGCGGCCUUGGUGGGCUCUGGGAUGGAGUUGCUGCGGCUGCCGGGGUUACUUCUUUACAUCAUCCGUAUGGCUUUUGCUCGCUCUGCAGCUGAAAGGAAAUACGUCAAACAGGUUCGUCAGAGUGUUGAACAUGAUUCCCUUAACUCAUUCAGUGCCAUGACAGAUGUUUCAGUUUUUUUGUUUCCCACCAGAGGGCGCUCCUCCCCAACAUGCGACUAAGUUUGGGGUCGUUCUUAAUGCAGAAAAGCUGAUGAAUAUAACAUAACCAUGUUACAAUAAAAAAAAACAAGUACUCGCCAGUGAGAAGUGUGCCAUUUAGCCUAGUUGUGGAGAGUCGGAAAAUGCCGAAGUUAUUAGCUAAGAGCAAACGAUCUCGGCGCAUCGGCUCCCGUGUACAUGGUGCUACCGUCUCUGAAUCCAGUGGAGCUCCUGGUACUGGACCUUCACAUUAUCAGCAGACAAUCAAAGAAACAAUUUUCCUGGCGUGUCGUUGCGCCGCUGGUGCUAGGAAGCGAGACUGAGCCAGAAUUCAGCAGCAGUCCCGGCGAGGAGGAUACAAACAGUCUGUGUGGUUUACGUCGUGAGAGCCAGGUUCUUGAGAGCCAAUACGACUCCCAGGUGGCACUGAAUGAGUUAGUUUACAGUUACUAAAGACACCAAAAAAUACCUGAUCUGGUUUCCUCCCCAUUGCCUCACUUCAACUUUUAGAUUAGUCUAUUAAUUAAGUGCCAAAUCACAACGAAUGUUAUCUCAAGAAGCUUUCAAAGAAGAGCUGGACCAGACUAAACUCUUCAUGAUAUUUACAAAGACAAAAUGUAAAAAUGGGAUCCAAUCGAACCCCAUCCUACAAGAUCAGACCAACUCCCAUCUCCUAAUCUUCAACUACAGGAGUGAAACACUUCACAGCACUUAGAGAGUUACAGUGGAGAGGAAGAACUUUCUUUAACAGGCAGAAACCUCGAGCAGAACCAGACUGAUGAUAGACAGUCAUCUGCUGAGACUGAGAAAGGGAGAUAGAGAUGUUAGUUUAUGGUGUUGGAAAUAGUGGAUUAAGUUUGUGUAUAAUUUCCAGGAGCUGAAUGAUAACAUAACAGACUGAUCUUAGUUUGAUUUAAGGAAAAUCAAAGUUUAUCUAUUCUUUCUGUUUGCAGAAUCAGGCGUACGAGUUCGAGUACGGUUGCAUGUACGGCUGGAGCUUGUGUGUGUUCACGGUCAUCAUGGCGUACAGCAUCACAUGUCCCAUCAUCGUGCCUUUUGGUGAGUACUUAUCAGAGCAGCGUACAUCAGCAGACACGGACACAGUGGGAUUAUAACUCAAUAAAACUGUAAACUCCGUGUGUCUGAAGGUCUCCUCUACAUGAUGCUGAAACACCUGGUGGACAAACACAACAUGUACUUCGCCUACCUGCCCGCUCGCCUCGAUCGUCAGGUCCACCUGGCGGCUGUCAAUCAAGCUCUGGCCGCGCCCAUCAUCUGUCUGAUCUGGCUUUACUUCUUCUCCGUCCUCAGAUUAGGUCAGACUCUAACACAGAGGACAUAUACAUCAUAUAAACAUCGUCAUACAAACAUCGUCAUUUAAAUAAUCUGUGUUUUCAGGUUUCUGGGCGUCCACAUCUUUGUUCACAUUAGUGAUUCUCUUCAUUACCGUCUUCAUCUGCGUCGGCUACACCUGCUUCGGCCAUUUCAAGUACCUCAGUCCUCACAACUACGAGGUGAGCACGGGUUCGAACAUUUGAGCGCCCCCUCUCUGUCAGCCUUCACAUUUAUUUGAUGACUGUGUUGUUUUGCAGGUAAAAGAGGAGGAUGAGGAUACAGCAGAGGGAGCGGAGGAAAACACCACGGUACUGAGCUCCUUCAGAUCAAUAUCGGUAUUGGCCGAUACUGGAGGCUACAAUAUCUGUAUUCUGAAGUAAAAAAAUACAUAUGUAUCGGGACACCCCAAAUUAAAAACAAAGUUUCAUCUUUUUUUUUGUGGUUUGAUUUCAGGUCUACCUCCCACGAGUUCUUAAUCCCAAAUCACCUGCCAGCAACUCCCAGGAGACGAAACCUGACAAAGGUUACGGCUCUACAGAAGGAAGUCCAACUCUCAGGUCCAGCCCGGUUCAGGGCAGCACAACAGAAGCUUGAAAACCCUUUUAUCCAACAUGGAAUCAAAGCCUUCGGAGUUUGAUCUUACCUCAGCCUGUCCUGAUAUCCUGAAAAAUCUCUUGACAGUACUAGAGGGGAACAAACUUUCAUUAUUGACGACCAUGAGCUGAGUAAAAUAUCGUUUUAAUCACUUUUUGCACUCGAUCAGCAAAGCGAGCGUGUUCAUUUGCAGCUGCUUUGCCGUCUUCUGUCUAUUGUAUUAUUUUUUAAUGUGACCUCUCUCGGUUAAGUUUUCUUCCAAAUGUUCCAAGUCUCAUUCUUGAUUUGUUUGUUUGCACAUGCCAAAGCUAAUUAUUCAAGUAUUAGCAGAACAAGAUAAUCAGACCUGUAAAGCUGCUGCUGCUGAUGGAGUGGACAGUUAUCAACAAACGCCAAGGGAAUAACUUAUUGCCUAAUGUUAGUGAGAAGAGAGAGAGGAGGAGAGGAGCUUCCUGUUUACCAACUAAAGUUUACCGACUUGACAUCCGUAGUUACAACAACAGAGAACAAGAUCCAAUAAAUGAUGGUCAGAGGAGCCAUAAUUUUCACACAUGCACAAAUGAGAUAAUGAAGCCAUGUUUUAGCAGGUCGUUGUGUUAUUAUUAUUAUCAUUAUUGUUUGUAUUUAUGUACCGGUACACUGGAGUUCUGCUUUUAUAACGUGCCUUAACUAACUGCAGAUGUGUAACUGUACAGUGGUUAACUGAAUUUGUCAAGUGGGACUCAACCUGAGCUUUGUAUGUGGUGGUAUGAAUGUCAAUAUUAACAGUGGAAAAAUACU